AUGCUGUCGCUUGCUGAGUCGUCUCUGAGGUUCGUGCAGGAGGGUUUCGCACACCUACGCCCGCCGACCGCCGCCUACCCCAGGCGGUAUGAGCCCAACCUUGCACAUCGCAUCCUCCGGGACCUCGAUGUCAAGGGCAAUGGCGCGGUCGUGUUGAAGCUUUGCAACCGAUCUCGGGGAGCUGGUGUGGUGGUCGUCACAGCUUCGGAGCUUGAUGACGUGCUGAGGAAGUUGCUGACACCGCCCUUGGACGAUCUUCCCGAGUUCCUCGCCGAGCGCCGCCCUGCGACCUUGUCCCUGGAUGACGAGCAGCCUCUCAUGGAGGAGCAGUGCCUGCAUUGGUGGUCCAACGAGUGCCCCCUCUUCGUAGUGGAGCGCUGUUGCUCUUCUAUCCCAGUCGCCAAGGAUCCAGACAGCCCUGAGCGCUUCGACGGGACCCUCCGGGUCGCCUUUGCACUCUACAGGCCAAAGUCCGUCAGCAAGUACCAGGAAGAGAAUCAAGUGAAGCCCUUCGAGAUCGAUUGGCAAGGGACCGAGGGCCCUUCUCUGCUUGGGGAACUUGACAUUUCGCAUCCUAUGUCUUGA